AUGUUGGGCAUUUCGUGGUCUGCUGGAUGGAGUCCAUUGUCGCUGGCAAUGACGGCCCUGGCUGGAUUGCUCGAGGGAUAUAUUAUUGGGUGUGGAGUCGUUACCACUUUGUUCGCCUCAUCUGCGCUCUGCCCGGACCGAAAACUUUACCUUUGCUGGACAACAUUCUCGGUGGAAAACACUUUUGAUAAGCGUUUGUUUGUUGAAUGGAUAAAAUGGAAUGGAUAUCUUUUCCGAGUAUGGAUCAGUUACUAUCCGAUGCUUCACGUGUUUAUCAUGAACUAUUGGAGCCGAUUCUUUCCAAUCAAAAUCUCUAAACAAAAAUCGGGUGAAUACAAAUUCUUUUUACCUGAAAACUGCCUCGCUGUGUUAUCGGGUGACAAAUGGCGUCCUCGUCGCAAAUUGCUGACUCCAGCGUUCCACUUCAAAAUUCUCGAUGAAUUCAUGCCUACCUUCAAUGAGAAGAGCAUGGCCUCCGUUGCCAAAAUGGAAGAAAUUCUGGGGACAGCUGGAAGCAAAGAAAUCGACGUCUUUUCGAUUAUGACCGAGCUCGUUUUCGAUGUUUUCUGUGAAACUUCCAUGGGCAAGAAUACGUGGAGUGAAGAGAAAAAGAAUACAUUUGCAAAGAGUCUUCAAUGUUUGGAGAAUAUCUUGAUUGAACGUGCGAUCCGUAAACCGUGGCUGAGAAUCGAUUGGAUUUACAAAUUGACCGCACUUUACCGCAAACAACAGCAGUACUCUUCUUUUUUCGACACCGUCCACGAAAAGGUGAUUCGAGAACGCCGUGAAUUUCACAGAGAGAACGCAGAGAAAUACUCAAAUCAACCAGUGAUGAACAACAACGCCGAUGAAGAGGUCAACUUCUCACGACCAAUAUCGGAAGAGAAUCCUGAUUUCGACGACAAGAUGAUCGGCGACGAAAUUUCUCUUUUCAUGACCGCGAAAUUGGUGAUCGAAGAAUUGGAUCUGGUUUUUGGCGAAUCCUAUCGGCCAGGGACGGCGCAGGACUUGACUCAGCUCAAAUACAUGGAACGUUGCAUCAAGGAAACUUUGAGGUUGUAUCCGCCUCUUCCAGUAGCAGCACGCUGUUUAACGGAAGAAGUUCAAGUCGGUGCUUACACUUUACCAAAGGACUUAACAGUUCUAAUAAAUAUUGGUAUGACCCAUCGCAUCCCAGAGGUUUUUCCUGAACCGGAUGCUUUCAAGCCGGAACGAUUUCUUCCGGAGAACUGCAUCGGUCGGCAUCCGUACGCUUUCAUUCCAUUAUUUAGCGCCGGACCUCGAAAUUGCAUCGGUGGGUCUAAUUCUCUCACGAAAAUCAUCUAA